AUGUUUAGGGGAUUCCCGCCCGAUGAGCUUCCUGAGCCGCUUACUGUCAGGAAGCGUAGCGUCUCCCGAAGUCACAGUAUCGGCUCUUACUCCUCUUACCCACAAAUUCCCAGUCGAAGUUCAUCACUAUCUGCGGUUGUGAGUGAUGGCUCCUAUGGACCAGCAUCAUCAUCUAGAACACCUUCUCUAAGCGAAAGUCAAUACCAGAUUGAGAUUGUGAAGGUCCGCCAACUUGGAGAACAAGAUGCAAACAUGGAAGAUCGAUUUGUGGACAAUACCCCCAGGCGUGCAGGCAAAGGACAAAGGAACCGACGGGUGAACCCUCGAUUGGUUGUGCGUUGGAGCUCCGGUUCUUGGGACUCAUCGCGGACAUGUUACCCGUCCGAAGCUGGGGGUUCCUGUGCUGAGUUGACAUCUGAGAUGGAACCAAACUAUCUGCAUCCCAUUGAUCUCCCAAUUGCAUUUGUCAACGUGAGGGCAGCAACAAGCACACUCCACAUUAGCAAGGAACCUACAUCAUUAUGGACUACCGUCUAUGUUUCCGCCGAUGUCAGUCCUACACCCUUGUUGGGAACCUCAAGCACUGCUCCCUUGGACAUAGUCAUUCUCCUUGAUUCUCUGCGCCAGCCAUCUGUCAACCUUCUCACACAAAUAACUCUUGGUUCAUCUGUCCUUGCCUCCCACCUCAUGCACAACCACGACAGGAUUUCAUUGGCCUACAUUGAUGGAAAAGCAAACUAUGGCUUCGAGAUGUUGCUUCCAUUGAGCUUUCACUCGAUUGAAACUGUUCGGUCGGCGUUGAAUACUUUCUCACGGUGCCAGCUCAACAACGAUAAGGAGUUCUGUUUUGAUAUAGGCAGUGUCAUUCAACGAGCGUCUGGUAUAUUCUCACAUUCUCCUCGCGCAGCAUUCUGCCACAUGUUUUUUGUCUCUGCAACACCGCCGGACCAUCUCCUGCUAUCUUGGAUUGACCAGGCAAUCGGCUUCCAUACCAUUACGCCACACGCGUGCCUACCACUAGACAAUGGACCAUCGCAGUCUGGUUGGCAUGUACCUUACACGGUCGGGGCUUCUGAAUCGGGUCCUAGAGAAACGCAUUUUAUACGCAGGAUUUCCAGGGUCAUUCGACAACUUCGCACUGGGAUACGAACUGGAUCCAUCACUGAUGUGAAGAUAUCUAUUGCUCCUGGAUAUGGAUGUCAAAUUCAAUCAGCCUUUGAAAAUAUUUCCCUUAUUUCCCUUCGACCUGGAGAGACGUGGAGCAUUCCAGUCCAGGUUCAUGUCCCAGCCGCAUCCAGACAGAUAUCGCAAGUUGCACAAACUGAUUCCCAGCAUCCCUUGAUCGAGGAAAUGAUGAAUCGAAUCAAUCGCCUACUGCAAGACCUUUCGUCUGAGGAGACAGCGCAGCCUCUUUUGACAGCAAAGGUCGAGUACCGCCAUUCCUUGCUACCAGCGCCGAGCACAAUUCAUGUCGAUACUAAUCUUACCGUCAUUCGAGGAAAGGAGAUGGGCUUUGGUGCAUCUCAAGGCGCUGUGAAAGUGAAUAUGGGAAGCAGUAUACAAGACAGCGACUUCAGUCUCAGCAUAGAAUCCUUUUCGGACUGCAGCUGA